GUUUGUGAUGAGUGCGUUGGAGCAUCAGCACGCGCCGUUACCACAAGACGACAUGGACGAGGGCGUCGGCCGUACGUACCGCUUCAAUGGCGGCAUGCAAGAUGAAUCGCCCUGGUGGCUCAAAUGGUCCAGUACUGCGCCCCCCGGGUACGACCAUCGCGCGCCCCAGUUGCAGGACCAGCGGAGCGACGGGGGAAGCCAGGGGCAGGGGUAUGGCGGGCGAUAUGACGACGAGCGGGGCAGCCGAUAUGGCUAUGACGACUAUGCUCGGGAUCGACCAUAUGACCGAGAGAAGGAAGAGGAGGAGGCGCGCGAGAGGGAGAGGGCGGAGCGCAUACAACGAGAGGAGGAAGAGGAGAGAGCCCGCCAAAAGGCAGAGGAGGAGGCAGCAGCAGAGGCCGAAGCAGCAGCAGCAGCUGCAGCAGCAGCAGCAGCAGCAGCAGCAGCAGCAUCGCCACCACCGGACCUGCUAUCCAUGGAAGAUGAUCUGCUGGGCCUCGGGACAGACGCAGGGCCGGGGGCUCUGGUGCUCUACAGUGCUCCUACUGCCGAUGACCUGAUUUCCAGGGCGUUUCAGCAAGAGAUCAGCCUUCUGGACAUUGACACUGGCACGUCAGAGGCAUCUCUCCUGGAGAAGGUGAAUUCAGUGGCUCCAAAGCAGGCGAAUGGGGAGGUCGAUCUGCUGGCUCUGGUGGACGGACCUGUGCCCGCUGGUGCCGCUGCUGCUGCUGCUGGAGGAUUGGGAGGGUUGGGAGGGGGGUUGGAUGCGACGAGUGGGGCGCUGGUGCUGGUGACACCCAUGAAGGGAUUCCACGCCGCACCCACAAGGCACGGCAUAUGUGGUGCUUGUGAGCGGACUAUCAAUUCUGGGAGGUACCUGAUUGCUCUGAACCGUGACUGGCAUGCGGCUUGCUUCAAGUGCUGCCACUGCCGCCUACCCAUCACUGAAAUGCAGUGCUCUGUGAAGGAGGGUGACACUUACCACACCGAGUGCUACCGCCAGCUCUUCCACCCCAAGUGCUACGUCUGCGACACUUACAUCGCCCCCAGCGAGUCGGGCAUGGUGGAGUAUCGACUGAACGACCUGUGGCACGCCAAGCACUGCGCCAAGCACAGCCCUUCCUCUGAUGGCUCGCCCCUCUGCUCCGCCUGCACUCGCCUCCAGCCCACCACAUGCACAAUGGUGGACAUUGGCGGUAACCGCACGCUCUGCCCCGAUUGUAACACCUGCUCCUGGCCCUCUCCCCAUGGCUCCGCACUCUCCGCCCUCACCUCCUCCUCCUCCUCCUCGCUGGGGACUCUAGUAGUAGAGGCCUCUGAAUGUGCCCCUAUUUUUGCCUCUGUGCUGAGUUUCUUUGAGGAGGUUGGGUUGGGAGCGGUGCUGAGGGGUGCUGUGGGCGUGAUGGGCGACGAGCUCCCGGUGGUUACUGCUGACGUGGCGGCGUUACAAGCUGCUGCUGAGGGCGAGAGACAGGUGAGAGGGAAGGGGUUGGGAGGUGGGGUGGAACAGAGGGGCAGAGGGUGUGAAGAGAGGGAGGGGUUGUUGAAUAAGGGAGGGAGGGGGGUGGUUACCACGGAUGUCGCGGCGUUACAAGCUGCUGCUGAGGGCGAGAGACAGGGUUCAUCUCGCCUGGCGGUGGUACCUGGAGUGUGCCUCACUCAAGAAACCACCAUCCAAACAGCCAAGCCGCUUAGUAGUGCGUGUGAACUCAUCUGUGCCCCACCUCCUCUGUGCCCCACCUCCUCUGUGCCCCACCUCCUCUGUGCCCCACCUCCUCUGUGCCCCACCUCCUCUGUGCCCCACCUCCUCUGUGCCCCACCUCCUCUUUCCUACAGGUCUCCUCUGGCCGGGGCAGUCAUCAUAGCCAAUCAGCUCAUGCGUGCAUUGUUCCUCCUUGAUGGGUUCUGUGUCUCCUCAUUACUACCCCCUUCGCCCCCCUGUCCCCUUCGCCCCUGUCCUCCUGACGCCUGUGUCCCUCCCUUGUACCCCCCACACCUGCCCCUCUCGCCCCUGUUCCUCUCGCACCUGUCUCCCUCGCCCCUGUCCCCUUCACCAUCAGACCUCUGGCGGGGGCAGGCACUGCAAUUACCAGCAGUACCUGCUCUCAACCCUCUCCUGGCCUCGCUCCCUCCUCCUUUCCCCACAGCGCUUCCCUCAGAGAUCGAGGAGGCCAUGUGCAAAGUCAUGGCGCACCUGUGGUUACAGCGUUACCAGCAGCAGCUCAAGAGCCCCUCACCCUUCCAGUCUGGCUUCCUCGAGUUCUGCCUCACCCGCGUUGCCUCCGACCCCUCCCCUGCUCUGCUCGACUCGUUCCGCUCCGCCUACUCUGCUGUGGUGUUCAAGGGCCUGCUUGCCACCAUCCAAACACUCCGCAUGUCCAACACCCUUCCCGCUAUUUAG